UAUCAUUCGACCAACCGAAGCCCGUCGUUGUGCCUAGGCUAAUAGCUUUCCCAUUUCUUCGGUCCAAGAUAUGGAUCAGGACACUUGGCUCGCUGCUCUCUUCUCGCUUUGACGCGCCAUCGCCGUCUCCCCGGUUGCUCAACUUACCCGUUGUGCUCGGCCCGUCCGUUUUAUUCCCUACUGUCACAUUCAGGCUUCGACCGCUUACGAGGACUCACUGCCAGGGCGUCUGGAAGGCUUGAUGGGAGACGUGUGCUUCGGGGCGGAGUUUGUCCCAGAGGUUCUUCAUAGCUUACUUCUAUCGUGGACUGCCUGUACUGAGGCUCCAAUAUCUGGGUGAAUGCUCGACUCGUGCCUGGCAUAAUUCUACGUCUGAGUCAUCGCUCUUUUCUACCUUGCCUUCUAUUCGUAUCAUGGUGUACACGGGAAAGCCAAGCCGGGGGUGCCAGAUGUGCAAAACCCGCCGUAUUAAAUGUGAUGAGAAACGUCCCAUCUGCAGCCAGUGCAAGAAAUCUGGUCGUACUUGUCCAGGAUACCAGGACGAGUUCGACCUCAUCUUCAGAGAUGAGAACAUAGUACAGGAGCGCAAAGCAAGAAAAGCCUCAGGGGCUACGACUACCUCCCAGGGAUCGUCCUCGAAAGCAUCGCCUUCUUCUUUCUCUGAGCAGAGUCCAGUGUCGACUCUUGCACUCCGUUCAGAAAGCCCACGCUCACAGACAUUGCCGGCGAACGACGAGUCCCCUCCCUUCAUUCUUCCCACCGAUUUCGCACUCUUCCAGGCCUACCUGUGGCAACAAGGAAAUGCUGUACCCCCAGUAUUCCCUCCGUCGACAGAGGUUCAAGCCACAGCAUUCUUCUUCCGUAAUUUCGUUGUAUUACCGCAGCAAGCAGAGAGCAUGCGCGGGUUUCUUGAAUUGCUAGUCCCAAAGUAUAAUGAAGAAUCGCCCUCCUCCGCCCUCCACUCUGCUACACAUGCUGUUGCGCUCUCUACGCUAGGAAAUUACCCUGGAAGGCAAAAUCUACUGCAAGACGCGUCCAUAGCGUACGGUCAAGCAUUGACCAAACUUAAUGUGGCGCUGCAAGAUCCAAUAGAGUCCAAGUCUGAUGCUACCAUUUUAGCAGUACUGCUAUUUUCACUUUAUGAGGCUAUCAUGGCAACCCCUGAAACGGUCAACGCAUGGGCGAACCACGUCGAUGGAGCUGUGGCUCUCGUCAAACUCAGAGGCAACGAACAAUUCAAGAAUCCGUUUUCUUAUAGCGUGUUCCGAGCUGUGCGGACAAUGAUGAUCACAAGCUGCGUCCAACGAUCGAUACCAGUCACAGAGUUUCCAGGCGAAUACGGCUGGAUCGGCUCCGAACACAGCGAAGAAAACGCCGCAAACCGCCUUACCUUGAUAUCGAUCGACCUACCAAACGUGCGGACGCGCGCUCACGACCUCCUUACUAGCGAGAAAACUCCUGAAACCGAAGCGGAAGUGCUUUCCUUGAUAGGGUACGCAGAGAUGGUAGACGCGAAUCUUGAGAACUGGGCUCACACUCUGCCGGACGACUGGAAUUUCAGCACGACGAAAAUGGUGUAUGAUAUGCCGGAGGAUGUGGAAAAUGCGGAUGAGUGGCCGGGCCCGCAGCACACGUACGGAGACGUCUUCAUUGCAAACAUCGUCAACGACUACCGCGUCAGUCGGAUAUUCUGCCAGAGUGUAAUUCUGGGAUGUGUUACAUGGAUGGCGUUGGAGCGGGAGGACCACCAGAUAGAACGCAAGUGCGCGCGAGCCCGUUUCGUCAUUCAGUCCAUGACAGACGAGAUUGCAGCGAGCGUUCCUUUCCACAUGAACUACGACUUACAGCCAGUGGCGAAGCAGCUCGGCCAGGACCAGUCAGCUGCCGAAGCAUUAGGGGCCUAUUUCCUUGUUUGGCCACUCUUCGUGGCUGGAAAUACAGAUGUAGUGCCCAUAAAGCAGAGGAAGUGGUUUCUAGGGCGACUCAACCUCAUUGGCCGCGAGUUUGGGCUCAGCAAUGCUCAAAUACUCGCGAUGGCGCGUCGACACGUGCUUACGUGUGGUCCAAUAUACGUCUAUCCAUGAUUACUUAGAAACGGAGACAUCCAAUGCGUAUGCUAUGAGUGUACUUCGGAUGAGCGAGCUCACGUUACUUCUUUCGUCUAUUGUAUUACAAACUUCUUGCCGAAACCUUUUCCCUAAGCGGUCAGGGCCUUUUAGAUAACGCUGGGACGUAGGUACUGUACGAUUGGGGUAAUAAGAUGAAUGUAAUAUUAAUAAGAAACCUACAAAUUGUACUCUGAAAGAGUCUAAACAUCCUUGCGUUCGACUGCCUGUAGGUUCCUCUAACGGCAACGAAUCAAUGAGCGGAAG